GCUCUCAACCCAGUCGAAUGCUGUUCCAAGACAAACGCUACCAUCAACUAUGGAGCUCCUUGAUGCUGUCACCCUCUUCCUCGCCCUCUGCCUGUCCUGCCUCAUGCUUCUCUCUAUGUGGUGGCAGAUGCAGGGACGCAGCAAGAUGCCACCAGGACCCAUGCCCCUGCCACUUGUCGGCAAUCUGCUGCACGUCGGCACCAAGAAUGUAUUCAAGGCACUCAUGAAGCUCAGUAAGAAGUAUGGCCCCAUCUACACCAUCCAGCUGGGCACACGCCGGGUCGUGGUGCUGUGCGGCUACCGGGCUGUUAAGGAAGCCCUUCUGGACCAAGGCGAGGAGUUUGGUGGCCGUGGGAAGCAGGCCACCUUCGACUUCCUCUUCAAGGGCUAUGGUGUGGCCUUCUCCAAUGGGGAGCGGGCGAGGCAGCUGCGUCGCUUCUCCAUCACCACCCUGCGAAACUUUGGUGUGGGCAAGAGGUCUAUUGAGGAGCGUAUCCUGGAUGAAGCUCAAUACCUGUUAGGGGCACUGCAUGACACCAAAGGCCUGCCCUUCGACCCCACCUACAUCUUGAGCCGCUCGGUGUCCAAUGUCAUCAGCUCUGUUCUUUUUGGGGACCGCUUUGACUACGAGGACAAGGAGUUCCUCUCCCUGCUCUACAUGGUGCUUGAGACCUUCCGUUUCACCAGCACAUCCUGGGGGCAGCUCUACGACAUGUUUCCAGGCAUCAUGAACUACCUGCCCGGCCCACAGCACAAAUCCUUCAAGCUGCUGGCAGGGCUGGAGAAGUACAUGGAAAAGAAGGUGAAGGCCAAUGAGGAGACCCUGGACCCCAACUCCCCACGGGAUUUCAUUGACUGCUUCCUCAUCAAGAUGCACCAGGAAAAGCAGAGCCCAUCCUCGGAGUUCUUCCUGGAGAACAUCGUCAUGACAGCACUCAGCGUGUUCUUUGGUGGAACGGAGACGGUCAGCACCACCCUGCGCUACAGCUUCCUAAUUCUGCUGAAGUACCCAGAGAUCGAAGAAAAGAUCCACCAGGAGAUUGACCAGGUGAUUGGCCGGAACCGCAGCCCCAGUAUCGAGGACCGGAGCUGCAUGCCCUACACGGACGCUGUCAUCCACGAGUGCCAGAGGUUCUGCAACAUCCUCCCCUUGGGGCUGUCCCGCCAGACAACCAAGGACACCCAGUUCUGUGGCUACAACAUCCCCCAGGGCACCGAGGUGUUUGCACUGCUGGGCUCGGUGCUGAAGGACCCCGAGCACUUUGAGAGACCCGAAGCCUUCGACCCCGGGCACUUCCUGGAUGACAAGGGGCAAUUCAAGAAGAACGAGGCCUUUAUGCCCUUCUCCAUUGGGAAGCGGUUCUGUUUCGGUGAGAUGCUGGCUCGCAUGGAGCUCUUCCUCUUCGUCACCAGCAUCCUGCAGCACUUCCGCUUCGAGUCUCCCAUCGACCGCCAGGACCUCGACAUCUCCCCGAAGCUGGUGGGCUUUGCCAACCUUCCCCGCGACUACAAGAUCUGCCUCAUCCCACGCUAGAGGGAGCCUUGGAAAAAUGGGACAUUGGUGAGGAAAACAAGGCAGGGAAGAAGGUGGUCAUAUGGAGGAGCCUUACCUGUCCGAGUGUGGGACCCUGGGAAUCCGUGACUGUUGCUUGACAUACAGAGCAAACCUGGUUGGCAAUUUUUUCCACUUAAAGCUCUUGUGCCCUUUUGCUUCCUAGCUCCGCUGCCUUUAACCUGAAGAAUACAACCCUGGGGAUGGCAGUGUCCAGUGUCACUGGCAUCUCUCAGUGGCUCCAUGAGUAGCAACCGGGAGAGCGGAUUAGGACAGUGGCCCAUGGAGGCUGGGAGCUGUGCUGUGGGGCUGUGUGGGGGAUGGUGAGGCUUCACCAUCUUGGUCUGUGCAGCAACUAGGGGAUCUCUGUCCGGCUAGUAGGCCUGCACAAAGAGGCUAGUAUUCGCUUCGGAUUUGGAUUCGGCCGAUUUGGGGGACAGUGAUUCGAUUCGGUGAUUCGAAUCACUAUCCCGAUUCGAUCUGGCUGAAUCUGAUUUGGAGGUUUGACAGUAGCCGAAUCUCUGAAUCAGCCAGGCCAGGCCCAUCCCCUGCCGCUCUUCCAGCCUGGCAAUGGCUGUCCCAGUUCCCGGCACUCACCAGGUGCUGCUGGGUGUGGGGGGUGAUCCCUUCUGUCCCCCCACUGCCCCACGCUGCAUGGGGGGCUCUGCACGAGCCCCCUGACCCCCCCCUCGCUCCCCCAGCCCCGCCAUGGGUGCCCCACCUGGGCCACCUCCAGCCCUUUAAGAAAAAAACCCCCUGAAAAUCCCCCCAGACUCCCCACUCCUGCCAGCAGGGGGAAAUCCCCGCUGCCCCCCUGCUGCCCCCCUGCUGCCCUGAGCCACUUGAGGGGCUCUGCAUGAGCCUCUGAAGCCCCAAGGCCCCCACAGGAGGGCUGAGUCUCAGGGCUUUUCUUGGGGGGGUUUUCUUAAAGGACUGAAUAUGGCCCAGGCGGGGCACCUAUGGGUGGGCUGGAGGAGCAGAGGGGGUUAGGAGGCUCAUGGAAGAGUCUCCCAUGCAGCGUGAGGCACUGGGGGGCAAGGGGAAUCACCCCCCCACCCGGCAGUACCCAGUGAGCACCAGGGCUUUUCUUUAAAGUACCGAGCUGGGGCAGGGAUGGGGCAGCCAAGGUGGGGCUGGGGGAGUGGGCGAAGGUCAGGGGGCCUGAAGGAGUGAGGGGGUCAGGGGCACUUGCAGGGGUGCCCCCAUGGUCCCCUCCCCCAGCCCCUGUCCUCUGCCCCGAAUACUUACCAGCUUGGAGACGGCUGCAGCUCUCUGCUGCAGCCACCGGAGACUGCCCGAUUCAUCAAAGCUCUCUGAAUCUUUUCCAAAGAUUUUCCUUUAAAUUUGUCCCCUGAUUCGAUUUGGAUUUGGAGAUUCAGCCACCAAAUUGGGCCAAAUCGAAUCACCACCCAAAGCUUCGCACAGCCCUACCUGCUAGCUCAGCCGGGGUCUGUGCAGGUGCUGGAAUUAGAAGGAGCAGCUUCAAAACACAUAACCUGUUUCUGGUAAAGCACAGAGCCAUUGGCAGGAGCCACUUGCAGCUGCCCUGCACAGAGAGCUGCCUUCGGAUCUCAGGGGCCUUUCCACCAGCUGUCCAGAGCAAUAGGUCAUUAUCCACUGGCUGGAUGAGAUGCUAGAGGGAUGUUGAAGGCUGAGUUGAAGUGGUUAUGAAGCCACCUUAGCUGGAAGCAGGUUUAGAUUCAAUCAUAAGUGAAACCCAAGCCCAGAUUUCCUGGAGGAAGUAUGGCUGGUGGCUCCUGUGCCCCCAGACUCGUUCAGGCAGGCAAGUGUCCCAUGGGGUGGGGGGAUGUUCCAGCUCCCAGUGCUGCUCUCUGCUCUGCAACCUGCCAGUGUCUGCCUCGUAGAAACAGCUGCAGGAGGCAGGAGCUGGGCAGACCAAGAAUUGCUUUCUGUAGGACUGCAGAGUACAGAAAUGGUCUCACUGCUGCAGCCCCUGUGUAACCCUGAGCCUGGAUGCUCUCUUUGCCCACAUCUGAUUUGGAAGCACAACCACUCUUAUUUAUAUAAACCAGUUACACAACUGUU